AUGAAGAUUUGCGAAGACAGAAAUUUGAAGGUUGAGGAAAGCAAAAGAGAUAGACAGCAGAAGCCAGGAGCGAAAAGGGGAGAGACUCAAUCAGCACAAGAUGGCACCUCGCGUGGCCUCAAGUGCUGGUUCAGUAACCUGACCCUGAGCCGGGUUGGCUCGCAGCAAUCGAGGACGGUCACAACAAAGGGCCAUGGACGGAGACAGCGAGAUCCCUUUGCAAUUGCACAGGCACGUCAGCGUAAAGCCGCAAACAUAUCUCGACAGCGCGAAUUGAGUCAGCAGCGGACGGAAGCGUUUGGCGAUCCCGUUGCCAGCGAGAAGACACCAAUGAUAGAAGCCAUGCUCAACCCGUCCCUCUAUCCGACUCUGGGAUCGAAGGGUGUGCAUGUUCCCCCAGACAACGAGCAGUCGAGCUAUGUGAACUACUGCAUCUCCAAGUCCGAGCUUGCAUCGGCCCUCGAAACGUCCAAGCAGCUCACACGACCUGUACCGCCCAUUGAUGGUAGCGUCGUUGAUCCCCAGCAGGUCGAAGACGCUAUCAAGAAGCAUGAAGAAGACCACAAGAAUGCCGAGGAAGCUGUCCGUCGAAUCCUGGCGAUGAAGAACGGCAGCACCAGGAACCGAACAAAGCUGAAUAUCAAGCGGUCAAUCGACAUACUUGGCCGCCACAACACAGACCGAAUACUCCCUCCCAAACCGGCCGCUGCGGGUCAAGACCCUGCCAGUCUCGAGUCAUCUACCAAACGGCCGCGCGCUGGCCCAGACACGGGUUCGCCCGAGGUACAAGUGGCUAUCCUAACGUCCAAGAUCCUUGUGUUGGCCGAGCAGCUGAAGACGACUUCACACAAGGACAAGCACAACAAGCGCCGACUACGGCUGUUCGUCCACCGGAGACAAAAGUUGCUUAGCUAUCUACGGAGGAAGGAGAGGGGUGGUCCCAGGUGGCAGAACCUGAUGCAGACGCUUGGGUUGAGUGAUGCAGCGUGGAAGGGCGAGAUCACGUUGAGAUGA